CGAUCCUCAGUCGCUCGUCCUCCUGUUACCGACACUGUUAAACUCGAGAAAACAAUCAGCACGAGACGAGAGAAGAAACCUCAGUUUUCCACCAGAUCCUAAAUUCAUCCUCCUGUUUUACCAGGAAGUCACCUUUGAACGGUCAAAAGCCUCAGGUCAAACGGGGUCUUUGUCCUAAAGGCCGUCCUUCAGAAACAGACGGGGAAAUCUGGUUCUCUCUUCAGUCCCGAACUGCUCUUGUCUUUGUGGCUCCAAACUGCAGAGGGUUCAUUUCAUCAGUCAGAUGGUGAAGCACAAACUGCCGGUACUUGAUUUUGGCAAAACGGCUCUUCCCCAUCCACCGAUGAAGGACGUGGCUGAAAGCUCCGGAAACACCAACUAAGCAUGUCGGUGUCGCCCGCCCUCACCGACCUUUCUCGUCUCUAUCAGACGGAGUUUGUCCGGAGCGCCCGGGCAGUCGGCGUCCUCUGGGCCAUCUGCACGCUCUGCUUCGCCAUCAUCCAGGUGGUCGUCCUGGUGCAGCCGUCCUGGAUCGGCACGGCAGACGCCAGGCACCAGGGCGCGCCCAGCGGCACCCUGGGACUGUUUGAGGUGUGCGUGGAGUCGGACUGGCCAGUCCCGGACUGUCGUGGCGGUCUGUCCAGUCUGUCUCCUCUUCCAUCCUUCCAGUCAGUGGCGGUGUUGGUGGGAGUGUCCCUGUGGGCAGUGUGGACCAGCAUCCUCUGUCUCUGUCUCUUCCGGUUCUGCAGCGCCGCAACCGUCUACAAGAUCUGCGCCUGGCUGCAGCUCACUGCAGGUUUCUGUCUGGCGUUAGCCUGUCUUCUGUUUCCAGACUCGUGGGAGAGUCCAGAGAUGAGAGCUCUGUGCGGAGACUCGGUGGGCAGUUUCUCCCCGGGCAACUGUUCGGUCCACUGGGCCUACAUCCUGGCCAUGCUGGGAGUUCUGGACGCCGCUAUCUUGGCCACGCUGGCGUUCGUCCUGGCCAACAGACAGGACGCCCUGCUGCCGCCAGACGCAAAGGAGGUGACCACAGGUCUGCUGAUGUCAGCGUGAGGUCACCAGUUAUGGCUGUUUGGUCUUCACUUCCCGUCCUGAUCUCUCCACCCUUCAUCAUCAUCAUCAUCAUCAUCGGAGGAGGAGGAGACAAACACCUAACUGAGCCAGAAGAAG